UAGGGCUAGUUUUCCAUAGAGCUCUAGGCUACACUUUGGAUUCCACUUAGGUCUGGUUAGGUUUAAACCGGGCAAUGAGAUUUUACAUGGGCAAUGAGAUUUUACAUGGUGAUGUAAUUGUUGGAUAUAAUUUAUUAUUUUUAAAUUAUUUAUAUAUUAAAAAAAAUUAUGAUUAGGGAUUUUAGUCUAUGCAAUAAAUGGUCAAAAAAAAAUAUUUAUUGUUUUGUAUUAUUCAAAUCCUAUAAUUUUUUAUUCAAAGAUAAUAAAUUAUAUUUAAUAACUUGGAUUAUCAGUUGGGCGUCUCUAUCAUUUGAUCUAGAUUUAAUCAAAACCAAGGUGAAAAUUGAAAAUUCACUAUAUAUAUAUAUAUAUAUAUGCGCCCUCAACCACGACGGCCACACCGUCUUCCUUUAUGAGAACGAGUACUACAUUGCCCACCUCGAGGGCCGCCUCCUAGGCCUUGAGGCCUAA